UUCAACAGUUUCAAUAAUUGAAUUGCCUUAAUAUAACAGUAUUCUAAAACAGUAAAAGUAUUCUUUGCUAAUUCCGCAGUUCAUUUACAAAACUGUAUGUUGAAAUUUCUUUAAUUUUAGCGGGAAAUUCAUAAAUAAUAACACUAAAUUGUUGAAUACAGGCGAAAUUAAAAUUCAUUAAUAAUAACACUAAAUUGUUGAAUACAGGCGGAAUUAAAAAUGCCCUUCAAAAAAGGAAAAAAUGUUAAACAAACAAAAAUUACUGAUACAAUGGGAAUUAAGACCAAAAAAGCACAGGCUAGUCCUAAACUAAAGCAGGAUAUAAAUUUGCAAGAAAACGUUACCGAUAAAAAGAUAUUAGAAGAAAAGAUCCUGGGACUAAAGAGUAUUAUAUCAAAUUUUGAUGCUAACAACAAAGAAACAAAUGAAAAAGUGCGCAACCUUCCAGUCAGUUUUGAAACGUUUAAAAGGUUAACUUUUCACAAUGAUGUUAUUGCUAACAUUUGCCAAAGCAUAAAGGAGUUGGAGUAUGAGUUGCCAAUUUCAAAUAUAUCAAAAGAAGAAUUAUUUGAUAAUAAUAAAUUACUUCGGAGUUACUACAAAACAUUUUACAUGCAAACGGUUAUUCGGACAAUAUUUCCAUUGAAAAUAAAACCAUGUCCAGGACGUUUUAAGGACAAACUUUUGAAAUAUCCAGAAAUUACGUCAGAUCAUGAAGCUGUUGCAGAUAAUGCUGUCGAGAAAUCUAUGAUACAUCAACAAAAUCAGAAGACACCAACAUUAAGUCCAGCACACUUGAAGUCAAAAGUCUUGCCGUUUCCAAACAAAAAUGUUGGUUCCGAUAAUGAUUCAACGAACAGUGAUGAGAAUGAAGAAGAUAUUAUAAAUGUACCAGUGAUAAAACCUAUCGGCAACAAAACUAAAUUAAAUCAAUCAUUAAAAAGUAAAGCAGCCAAUGAGAAUGCUAAUCAACACGUAACAAAUCUUCAAAAAGAAACAAAAACUCCGGAAUCAAGUCCACUCAUAAAUGUUUUCUUGCAGACACGAGAUACCCCUGACGAGAGUAAACAAAAAAGGCAGGGGCCGAAAGCGAGUAAGUCCAUUAAUAGGAAUAAUAUGUUUCCUGUCUCAAUAGCUGAAUUCAAAAAGUACACAUAUUACAAAGAAGUGCUACUUCAAAUUUUGAAAGAAAAAGCCAAAGGCGAUGAAGAACUUUUCGCAAAAUUACGGAGCAAUAAAUUGGUUUGGAAGAAAGCGCUGCGAUUGUAUUACACAAAUUUCUUUUUUAAACCAUCGAUACGUAAAAAAUACACUUUGCGUUUGAAAGAAAUGCCGCAAAGUUUGAAGGCAAAAUUUUUAGAAAUACCUGCAAAAUCAACUACAGUGAAGGAAAGUAAGUAAUAAACUCAGCUAAAGCAAAUUUUUUAUAUUUUUAUGUUGUAAAGAUUUAGCUGCGUUGUUAAUUCUUUGCAUUAGGAUUUCCAAUCUUUUGGGGGAACUAAGGCCUUUAUAAUUUAUCCACUAAUUUGUAGGUUUGAAUUUACAUUAUAUACGUUUGCGUAACAUUUUUUCUAGCAGAGUUGCACAACGUACACCAAUAAGUGAC